AAACAUGUCAGCGGCAGUGAGCAGCGAGCGACAGAUGUCUGACACUGACAUAUAAAGUUUGUGUGUGACUUGUAUAUUUUUCUGUUUUGUUUUAAAUUUUACAAGAUAGUGCAUAGUAGGCCUACUAAAGUAAAGUUUAAGACUGCAUAUCCGUCACAAGAAAUACAAGUAUUAAUCGUUUUAUCCGGGUUCUGCUGACAUGUGUGAAAUACUUCAAUCAGUCAAGGACCAGUUGACAGAUAUUGAAAAUGAACUCGAAACGAAUACAGAAGCUUGCGACGUGGUUGAUGGCAACAAACCUUCAUUAUUGGAUAUGCCAGUUGAGAAAAUACUUUGUUGCUUUCAGAUAAUAUUAAAAAUAUGCUCAUUUCUGGAUGCACAUUUUUUAAAGUACACUCUCAGUAAAGUAUGCCAAAGAUUCGACGACAUCCUAGCUGAUGAUCAUUUAUGGAAGUACUGGGUACAUAGUAAAAUUAAUGGUUGUUUCCCAACUUUACCGAAUUUAAAAAUAUGGGAAGAAACACAAAUGGACUGGGAGGUUGUCUGUGUGGAAAUGGAUGUGGAGAUGAAGAAGUGGACCAAUGUUAAGGAAGCAAUGAGACAUAUUGUUGUUAAGGAUGUGCAUUUUGCCUCAGUGGAUACUGUUCUUUUAAUUAACAAUGGAGAAUUGUGUGUAUCGGGCGGUAGGGAUCGCGGAAUGGCGUUGUGGAAUGUUCUGGACAUAGCUCCACAUAACGAGAGUGACAAUAUUACGACAUUUACUGACGCCAAGCCGAAGCAGAUUAAACACGACGCACAUGCUGGUUGGGUGUGGGACUUAGCUGCUGACAGCAUAGAGUCUGCGACUACGGUAUAUUCCGCUUCGUGGGAUAACACCGUAAAAGCGUGGGAUCUAGAAACUGGAUUCGAAUGUAAACAGGCCUUUCGAUGUGGGAUGUCGGCUUUAUCGGUAGUCUCUGUUGGCAAUGAGGUGAUUGCUGGAUUGUAUUCUAAAAAGAUAUUAUCUUUUGAUAUGCGCGCCGGAUCUAAUCCAAGUUAUUCCUAUAAACCACACAAAGGGCCUGUUUUAGCUCUUCAGACAUUUAAUAAUAUGGUCGCGUCAUUAAGCGAGGAUAAAACGAUGGCUGUUUGGGACAGAGUAGCUGGGAAACUCUUACUGAGUGAUGUAAAGAUACCAACUGACAAAGCAUAUCCUGUGUGUAUUAGUUGGAGUCCAUCCGCUCUUUAUGUUGGUGAUUCUAAGGGAUGCCUGCACCUUUUUAACCCUGAAGACCACACUUACGUAAGAUCACAUGAGAUUUGGCCGGAACCGCCUAUCACGAAGCCGUGUAGUAAGAUAACGGGCUGUUACCAAAGUCAGGGCAACAUGAUUGUUUGUUCGGACAGAGGUGAAAUAAAAUUCAUGUAUAACUGCUAUCCUCCGCAAGAAUACACAAACGUGAAGAGCAGUACAUUUGACGUCACUCAGCUUCGAUACUUGAAUGGCGUUUUAGUAGUUGGCACAUGUGACUCAGCUUUGGAGUUUUGGGUGCCCAACGACAGAUACAAUCAAUGAACCAUUUGAGCAAAGAUCAUUGUCUUGAGGUUACUGCUUUGGCUAAUGAAAAGUCUGACGGUAAAGAAAUGAGAUUGCCUUCUAUUUUAAUAACUUUGUUACCAGUCGUAACAUUAGGUAUUAACGAAAAUGUGUUGUUAUUAGGUACUUAUACAUAAUACAAUUCAUGUUUAACCCAUUGUAAUGGGUAAUACGGCUUUUACAGCUAUAAUUCACUCAGAAAUCCUUACUGUGAUAUCAUGUCUCAUUACUUUCUAGCAUUUAAUAGCAAAAACACUUCAUUAUUUGUCAACUGUUAAAUCUUUAUUGUUUCAGUUUUUUUACAAAAGACCUACUAUAGUGGUAUUUGCCAUUAUGUUAAAUACAAAUACCUACUUAAUAUAUUUCAGUAUAUGUUACAAUGUAUUUAUUUAAACGAGAUGGAAAACGAAUCGUUAACCUGAUUAACGAUUCGUUUUCCAGGUAUCUAUUGCGCCAAAAAAAAUACUGUCUUACCAGCCAGUAGCUAACUAUUUUAUCACUGGUAAGAACAAACCUGUACUAACAUACACAUCUCAAUUUGAAUAAAUACUAAUAACAGAACCAAUAAUUUACAUGAUUGACUUUAAUAUCAUUAUAUUAUCAUUCCUAAUGAUGUUACCUCACCUUUCAUGUACACGAAUAACGUCUGUUAACCUUUAAUUAGAUUUUGCAUUUGCCCAAAAGACUACCUAAACAUUUGUUUUAUAUUAGUGUUAAAACUAACAAUUUGUAUUAAGAAAAUUAUAACAAUUUUGCCAAAACGUCUUUGAUAACAUUUUAACCAAAAACAAAAUGUUAUAAUUGCUAUCAAAUUGUAAUAAUAUGGUUAUGGUAAUGUUGUGACUGUUAUAAAUUUUUAUGAUAAGCUAUACGCUUAAAAACAAAGAUCUCUCAAGGAAUGAAUUGACUGAAUUCUCCGAAUCUGCUUACAUCAACCCAGCACCUAGUUUGACCAAUUUUACCUGUUUAAAAGUCUAAGUCAAUAAAACUUAAUUAAUCUACGGUCAAGUUUGUUAGCUUCCCCUAUAUACUUUGUUUUUUCGAAAUUGCCUCUUUAUGUUGUAUGAAAUAUGUUCAAAGGAAAGAACAUAAAGUGUAGCCAUGCGCAUAUUAGUGGUUACACUGUGACAUUAAUGGAAUCUUAAAUCGACCGUAGUGUGAUUGAAUUUCAUAAUUGUUUUGUAGUACACACUGUACACAGUUCACUCGGCUGUUACUGGCUCAACACAUAAAUGAAUACGGGCAGUUAAUAUUGAUUU